AUGACGCAAAUAUUGGUAAAAGAAGAAGCCACACCACUACUACAGACUGCUACUACUGACUAUCAGGAUGAAAGAGAAAAGAAAGAGAAUGUAUUUUCCCGCUGGCAAGACGAUGAUGUGAACGAAUCUGACUUGAGAGAUGGUGCACGACGUCCCAAACGGAGACGCAAGUCGGCACAACGUCAGAUGUUGUGCUUCCAGCUCAGUUUAUUGGUAUUAUUGGUCUUAGAUUUGGUCAGUCUUCUCUUUGUCUGUAGCUUAAGUCUUGGUAGAUUGGCCUUUACUCGACUGGACUGGCUGCUGGACGUGCAAGAGAUUCAAUGGCGUUUCUGCGGGCUUCCUGUAUGGGCGACAUUUGUCAAAAGCUGUUUGUUUCUACUUGCAACUCACUGGCCUGAUGUGCGUGUCAUUACGUGGAUUGUAUAUCUUUUUUGUCUUGGCUUCUUGGGUGUCUUGGCAGUGGACGCUUUCAAGUUGGACGCGAUAUCACGUUUUGAUGAAGAAAAACAGGCACUGGUGGACGCUAAUGUGGCCAAUUCGUUGCCGCUAAUCUUUACAGUGCUGGAGGUGGUCAAUUUGGGCUAUUUGCUGGACUCUAUUAGAAUGCCCGCAGUGGAAGAGAGCAAGGAUCUGCCUCAAGUUGUUGUAGGCCAACCUGAUGAGGCGAAGCAGUCGCAUGGCAUUCCAUUUGUCAAGCUCAUGUACAUCUUGAAACCGUACUUCUGGCCGAAUGGGUUCAGCAACAAAAUGCGUGCUGCUAGCACUUAUUUGGUGCUGAUUCUGAGUAAACUGUCGAAUUUGGUGGCACCGUUGUUCAUGGCAUCGGCGACAAAUGCAUUAGUGUCAAAAGAUGCUGGUGGUGCAAUUCAGGAUAUUGCUAUUUUCAGUGCCUUGACACUCGUGUCGAAGCUGUUCAAGGAAAUGCAAUCGCUUAUUUACCUGAAAGUAAAACAGACGGCAUACAUUGAGUUGGCGACACUUACUUACGAACAUGUGCAGUUGCUUUCGUACGACUGGCAUGUGCAGAAAAAGCUGGGUGACGUGCUGCGCUCUAUGGAUCGUGGUGUUGAGUCAGCCAACAGUGUUGUGUCGUACGUUUUUUUGUACCUGAUUCCGACGUUGGGUGAGUCUGUAGUGGUAAUCGUGAUUUUUGCGCUGCAUUUCGAGCUGGCAGGACUGAGCUAUAUAGCAUUCUCCAGUCUGGUGGUGUAUGCUUAUCUCACAAUCAAAAUCACACUCUGGCGUAAGAAGUACCGUGAGGCAUCAAUGCGCCACGAUAACGAGUAUCACGACAAAGCUACGGAUGCGCUGCUAAACUAUGAGACCAUUAAGUACUUUGGAAAUGAACGUCACGAAAUUGAGGAAUAUUCCAAGGUGAUUGAAAAGUACCAGCGCUAUUCGCUUUCCGUUCAGGCUUCACUCAGUGUGCUGAAUGGCACUCAGUCCAUCAUCAUUCAGGCUACCGUGUUUGCGGCACUUGCGCUAGCAGUUCCACACGUGGUGAGCGAGGACAGUGGUCGCAGAAUUGACAUUGGUGCUUUCAUUGCCAUCUCAGUGUAUCUAUCGAACUUAUUUACACCGCUAUUUUUCUUGGGUGGUAUUUACAACAUGGUGACUAACGCGGUUGUCGAUAUGAAGAAGCUGAGUGAGUUGCUAUCAGUGGAGCCGGAAAUUUGUGAUGCGCCCGAUGCGGUACAAUUGGGCUUAUGCAAGUACGAUUUGGAAAACGGCAUUGACGUGGUUUUCCGCCACGUAUCUUUCCAUUACCCGUCCCAGCCAGCUCGUUCUGGUGUCAAAGACUUGAAUUUCACCAUCCCGCGUGGUACGACUACUGCACUAAUAGGUGAGACUGGUGCCGGCAAGACAACCAUUUCACGACUGUUUUUCCGUUUCUACGAAUGCAAUGGUGGUGAAAUUCUAGUCAGCAACCAUAACAUUGCCACAGUGACGCAGCAGUCGCUGCGGCAGGCUAUUGGUAUAGUACCUCAGGACACGGUGCUUUUCAAUGACACUAUACUUCGUAACAUCAAGUACGGCAACCUGAACGCAACUUUUGACCAGGUCGUCGAAGCAGCCAAAGCCGCUUGCAUUUACGAAUUUAUUAUAAAACUUCCGGAUCAAUGGAACACGAAAGUUGGUGAGCGUGGCCUAAAGCUCUCAGGUGGCGAGAAACAACGUGUCGCGAUUGCACGUACUUUGCUAAAGAAUCCGCCUUUCGUCAUCUUGGACGAGGCUACUUCAGCGCUCGACACGGUCACGGAGCAGGAAAUCCAGGCCGCUCUCAACCGUCUCAAAACUAACCGCACAAUGCUUGUCAUUGCGCAUCGCUUGUCCACGAUUCGCGACGCACAUCAAAUCAUUGUUAUGCAGCAUGGCACCAUUGUCGAGCGUGGUACUCAUGAAGAGCUACUGGCACAACCUGGCAGCAUUUACGCGGGGAUGUGGGAUGCCCAGCGUAAGCACGAUAGCGAAGAAUUGGUUGCAAGCGACUAA